AUGCCUGGGAAAGAUGCCGCCGAUAUCUUCAAUCGAAUACGAACAGGGGCUAACGCAGAGGCCAUUGUCCAGAUUGUUCAAGAGGGCAGUCUGAUUAUGGAGCUGUCGAACGUACCUGAGGCUUCCUCGCGCUUCCACUUUCCAUACAUCGAUAGCAUACCACCAAGGCUCCGCGAAAGCAUAUACUUUCAAUCACGGAUAUAUGAAGCGAUAGAUGCAUACAGUCAAGGAAAUCGUAGUCCUGAACACCCCUCUGUUCUUCGGCAAAGCAAUUAUGCGAAGCCUAUUCUCGCAGCCAAGACAAUCGAAUCUUCGCUAGAUGUCGCGCGCAUUUCAAGUUGGACCAAUUAUCCCAAACAUCUCUUCUUUCACAAAGUUUACUUUCUGGAGGACAUGGUGUCGAAAGGUUCGGAGUUUUGCUCGCCUCUUUUGAUGAACGCUAUCCUGGCAAAAGCAUGUGCCAGUUCUCGAAUAUUUGCAAAUCGUACCAGAUUUUGGGACCCGGACAGUUUGGCGUAUCGCUUCCUGGCUGAAGCGAAGAGGCUAUGGGAACUGGAGGACAGGGAGCCAACGCUCACUACGAUCCAAGCUGGCUGUCUCAUCAACGCCACGAUGAACGACUUCGGCCAUGACAAACCCGGUUUCGCAUACACUCUCAAAGCGCUGAGUAUGGCACAGAAGAUGGGUCUCUUUGUCGCUCCUUGGACAGCUGACAAUAAGUUUGAGCACGCAAAGGCUUUCACCGCGUGGGCUCUUGCUUCAUGGUUAUCCUUGCAAGGCUACUACUACUUCAAACCACCAUGUCUAUUGGAUAUUCCAGCCUCUGCGCUUCCCGAUGUCGACGAAAGUCCGGAUUGGUAUAGCGAGAUAACGCUUAGCUACGAUUCUGACCAACACGCCUUUCCGAUGGGCUUCGGCUACGGCAUGAAAGCACUGUGUGAACUGCGCGUCAUCCAGAACGAGAUUGGAAUAAUGUGUUUUGGCCGUUCAGCAACAAAUAAGAAAAUGCCAUGGGGAGCGGCCCUACACAUCCAAGCCAAAAUGGAAGCCUGGUAUGAGGCAUUGCCCGUCGCACUCCAACCUCGGUCGAUAUUUCACCCAUCUCAUUUGAUUUUACAUUGCGAAUAUCACAGCAUGCUUAUGACGCUGUUCAAAACGCAGGUAUCCGCCACAGAUGGCAGCUCGGACUCUCUGACGCCCUACCAACGCAACAACGCUCAGGCUAUCAUCGCGCAAUCAAUGAUUGAACUUGAAAGUAUCCUACGCAUAUACUAUCUCCGCCACAGUUUCGAAGCCUACGACGCCAUGCUCAUCAUAUUCCUGGCCCAUCUCGCCAACGCGAUCCUCACUUCCAUCGAACAGCUUGAGCAAUACCCAAGUAGCGUUCCGACCGACACAAGCGAAUUUCUGCUCUCUGCUCUGAUCUUAUGCUUCAAGGGUCUGCACGACCAGUCGAAGAAUGCGUACAUCGCUAGUCUCAUGCUUGCUGUCAUGAAGGACCGACUCAGCGUUGAUGUCCGUAACGCAGUCGGACGACACGUUUCGCAUGACGACCCAGAUAGCGAAUUUGAGUCGCUCGAAGAAUUGAGCACGGAACAAUCGAAGCCCAUCAUUUCAGAGCUGGUGCUUCCAGGUACAAAUCUGAACGAAGAACCUAAGAUGUGGAGAUUGGCGAACCUAGCCGAUGAAGCGAGAAGACACUAG